UGCACACAGUACCUUCGGAAAGUAUUUAGACGCCUUCGGAAAGUAUUUAGACCCUUUGACAGUCAAACGGAAAUACAAAAAAAUAUUUUUGACUGUGAUCCUGACUCAGUUGACAUGCCAGUAAGUGAAAUCAAACAGGUGAUCAAUCUGUCAUGUGAUCAAAUGCUGCAGACAACACAUUCAUGGGUCACUAUGGAGGACUUUUGGUUCCUCACUCAAAGGAAAUAGUGUGCCGUCUCCCUCCGAGCACUACAACUCAUGCUAUGCUGAUUCAGUGCUGUCAUCCGCAAUAAAAACAAAUAUCGAUCCAGGUUGGAUGUGACAGCACUGUCGACCAUGCCGCCUGACUUUGAGACCUCGGUGGCGACAUGCAUCAAGCACACCCAUCUCAUUGGUGGUGGUGAGAUAAGAGAUAUGUCAGUUUAAUUUGCAAUUGAAUGUCAUAGCCUCACAUUAAAAGUGUAUGAUGGUGAGUUGAGGAUAACAUCAGCAAUACUGUUAGAAUGUUUUACAAUUGACUGCAAUAGUCCCAAUUAAAAAAGUUAACAUUGGCUGUUAAUUACAUAAUUAUUUUUCACAUGAUUAGGGUCUUGAACAUUUUCAAAUAUCAAAAUGGGGUUGUGGGCCAAAAAAAGUUUGGGAACCACUGCCUUAACUCUUUUAGCUAAAUCUUCCCCUAACCUUAAUCCUUUAACCUAACUCCUAACCUUAACCCUAACCCCUGGCUUAGCUAACGUUAGCCACCUAGCCACUUGGUUAACAUUAGCAACAACAAAUUGGAAUUCGUAACAUAUUGUACGUUUUGCAAAUUCGUAACUUAUUAUACGAAUCGCAAUUCAUAGAAUAUUGCACGAAUUGCAAUUCGUAACAUAUCAUACGACUUGUAAUUCAUAAUUUAUCAUCCGAAAUGAUGAACAUCCACAAAUUAAUACAUUCCAUACAAAACGUAAUAUAUACAACUAAAUGGAGUGUCUCCGUUUGCAACCACAACACAUUCAAUUGCUUUCUUGAUCACCAUUGCGAUGCAGCAGUGGUGGAGAGGAAAUCCUAUAUUUGGAAGCAGUUAUGAGGAGCGGCAUCUAACCGGUGAAAACCGGCUAGGAACCUGACCAGAGUCUGAAGCGCGCGCCUUGGCUUGCUUGCUUGCACGCUUGCUAUCGUACUGACCUGUACGGGAGUCUUGCCAGAAACAGCCAACCUAAACAGCCUAGCUAUAGCCAAUUGUGAAUAACCAGAGGCACCACAUCUCUGAGCAAAAACACAGCUGCUGCGGGUGGCGUGACUGGGGGUGAGCGAGUUAAGACAGAGUGUUUGUUCCCUGUUUAGCUGCUGGCUGUUCUCCCACUGGGACUUCAUGAGUGUGUGUGAGUUUGAGGGAGUGGGGUUAUAAUGCCUACUUCACAAGGAAGGAUUGAUUGACUCACUGUUCCUCUCCUCCUGAAACGCAAGAUAGCGACAGCUUCGUAGGCUAGCCUAGACUAUAUGAGGAAAUCCUCAGAAGCUUGCAUCAGUGUGCCCAAUUUAUUUUUACUGAUAAUGUGAUAUCUUUUAUAAACUACAUCCAAAGUGUCGAGUUUGUUCCUCCACCUAAAGAUCACAACCCAUUGUCUGGGUUUUCACAACACAGCCAAAUGGACAUUUACAUCAGGAUUUGUCAUUUCAAUUUGCGCAAGGAGAGAGGAAGCAAUGAUUUGUUGAAUCCUAAUGCGUUACCUAUCUCAUCUUUGGUUCUGGGGAGAGGAGAGAGACAAAACCCGGAAGGGAGGGUGAGGAGGGGUAAAGGCGGAACAAACCGGUGUGCCCGGAUACACGCUGUAGCGGCUCGCCCGCACUGCAGUAACUCUUAGCACGCCGAGGAUGCACAUAACCUAUGUGACCACACUGACACACACUGAAACCUGAGCUCCCACUGCUACUACUGACACAGAAGAUGGAAUCGGAGUAGGUAUCCCUAUUGAUCUGGGUAUACUAUAAAUCCAUACAAACUCAUCCACCGGAGACCACACUCUUUGAGAACCGAGAGAAAGAUCAUCUAUCCUUCCUUUUACCUGACACACUGUGUGUGGACCAAGGCCAGUUAAAGGUCUGGCCUGGAGACAGCCAGUCCUGUGUGUGUGUGUGUGUGUGUGUGUAUGUGUGUGUGUGUGGAGGUAUCUAGGAGGAGGGGGUGGCCGUUGUCUUCUCAGGCCAGAUGCAGAACAUCCUCGAGCAGAACUUAGACAUGGCCACGGCUCUGCUGGCGGGAGAGAAGCUGAAGGAGCUGAUCCUGCCUGGCUCUUCCCAGGAUGAGAAGGGAGGAAUGCUGGCCGGCCUUAUGGUCCAGCUUAAACUGGAGCUACCAUUUGACCGCGUAGUCACCAUCGGCACAGUCAUCAUACCCAUCCUACUCGUCACUCUUGUCUUCACAAGGAACUUUGCAGAGGAGUCAAUCUACUGCUACACGCCUCACAACUUCACCCGUGACCAGGCCCUGUACGCACGAGGCUACUGCUGGACAGAGCUGCGUGACGCCGUUCCUGGGGUGGAGCCUGACCUUCGACCUUCGCUGUUUGAGCACAAGUUCCUACCCUACGCCCUGCUGGCUUUCGCCGGCAUCAUGUACAUCCCUGCUUUGGGCUGGGAGUUCAUGGCCUCCACAAGACUUACCUCCGAGCUCAACUUCCUGCUUCACGAGAUCGACAACUGCUACCACCGGGCUGCCGAGGGCCGGGCCCCUAAGAUCGAGAAGCAGAUCCAGUCCAAAGGACCAGGCAUCACGGAGAAAGAGAGACGAGAGAUCAUCGAGAACGCGGAGAAGGAGAAGAGCCCCGAGCAGAACCUGUUUGAGAAGUACCUGGAGAGGCGAGGCCAGAGCAACUUCCUGGCCAAGCUGUACCUUGCGCGCCACCUGGCCAUCAUGUGCCUCAGCUCCAUCCCCAUCUCCUACCUGAGCGCCUACUGGCACCGCCAGCGCCAGAACGAGUUCAGCUGUGCCUUGGGGGAGCCUCCAGACUCCAGCAGCAUCCCUGAGCUGAGGCUCAGCGUCAACUGCAAACUGCCAGCCGUGCAGCUGCAGCGCAUUAUGGCCGCCGUAGACAUCGCCCUGCUGAGCACCAUGAACCUUGUCAUCCUGGUCAACCUGCUGCACCUGUUCGUGGUGCGGAAGUCCAACUUCGUGUUCGACAAACUGCACAAGGUGGGCAUCAAGACGCGGCGGCGCUGGCAGAAGUCUCAGUUCUGUGACAUCAACAUCUUGGCCAUGUUCUGUAACGAGAACCGCGACCACAUCAAAUCACUCAACCGCCUUGACUUUAUCACCAAUGAGAGUGACCUCAUGUAUGACAAUGUGGUGAGGCAGCUGCUGGCCGCCCUGGCCCAGUCUAACCAUGACGCUACACCCUCUGUGAGGGACUCAGGCAUCCAGACCCUAGACCCCAACAUGGACCCCUCUCUCUUGGGAGUGGGGGAGCUGGGAGGGGAGCCGCUGGUCAUUAAACGACCACGCAAGAAGAUGAAGUGGAUCCCCAGCUCCAACCCCCUCCCCCAGCCUUUUAAGGAACCUCUGACAAUGACGCGUUUGGAGAACAGCACUAAGACUGAGAAGCCCAAACCGGUGAGGAGGAAACCAGUGGCAGAGAACUAUGUUGCUCCAUUAAGCAAGAGCACACAGUACCCGCCCUCUGCCAAAGAUAUGAGCGCAAUGGAGAAAAAGCACAGUCGCAACUUUACCCUGGAUGUUCACCCAUACAUGCUGACCAUCCGUAAGCCCACCAAGGUAGAGACAGUCAGCACAGAGCCUCUGCCCCCUGACCACACCCUGGACUCUGUGUUCAUCGAGGGCACACACACCAUCGUCCAUGUCUCUGCUUCUAUCACAGAAAAGAAAGAUUGCACCCCAGAGUCCACCAAAACGGUCUUCUCUACAAUGACCGUCCCCACCAGCAUCUAUCUGAACGAUGCCACUCCCAGCCCCAACCCACCCUCCCUCGCUGACUGCCACCCUACAGAUUCCCUGAUCGAACAAGAGGAGCCUGAAGCCCAGCCUGCAGUCUUUACUCGGAUCCCUUCCCACCAGCUUCUAAGUAUACACCAGAUACUCAGUAUGGAGGAAGAGGGGGCUGGAGGCCAGGGGGCCAGACUGGCUGAGAGACCCGUGGGGGAACUAAUCGCUGCUGGGGAGUGCUGAGGAGGAGACACACACGUCCCCCCUCAAAAUGUCCCCAAACACCGCAACAUAUACUCACCACUUCCAUGCCAAUCACUGUCUGCCUGUAGAAAAAAAACCUUGUCCUCCUGACCACAUAGUUGUGCUGUGCUCACAACGCACCUCUUCUCUGGUGAAGGGACUGAAUGAGGGUGCCGAUGGUGCUGAACCAUCAUUUUUUUGAUGAAGAUUUAACAAGAUGCAGCAAAAGAGAGGAUACUGGUUCAAUGUGUGCUAAUCAACCCUGUCAUCUGCUGUAACUCGCUCAGCCCUUGAUUUGUCCAGGAUGGGAAGCAAGGAGACUUUGUUGAAAUGCAGACAGCAUUUGUUGCUCAUAUCCUUGACUUGGAGAGGAAGCAGCUCAUAUUACAAAAGCUAGGAAAGAGAAAAGGGAAGGUGGAAUGCUUUUUACACACAUUUUAGUAAAUCACACCAUGUAAAAGAUUGCUUUACCAAAAGUUAAAUUCUGAAAACAUGUUUAUGAAAAAAUUACUAUCAUUGCUUAUUGUCCCUCUAUCCAAGUAUACUGAAAGCCCAUGCAAUACGUUUAGAAAAUCUGCACUGCAAUAUAUGCAAAAGAAUAUGCAAUAAUGUAUACACUUCCAUUUUACAUACUGUAAAUAAUCUAUAGACUCUGUAGCCCUAUGUCGGUUGUUGUGGUGUGCUUCACACAUAAGUGUUCAAUUAGUUAAUCAGUGUCAUUUGACCACACACAGGACAGAGGAGGCGAAGUGAGAAUGCACCUACCUUACUGAAGAUUGGGCUCAGAAGUUGCAAUCUGUAACUUUAAUUUUCCCAGUGGCACACACCUAUCCAAGAAGUGAAACAAAAACAAAUGGUUACAUUAGUUUUAGUUCCCCUUUAGUUUACAAACAAGUGCAGGGGCAGUACUUUUGAGUGGGAAUGAAAGUUACAGAUGGCAACUUUAAUGGGUUCCUCUCACACCACUAGUGCACUUACUAUGUGAGGUUGAUUGAUCCAUCCAAUAAGGAAGUCAUAUAAUAGAUUUUCUUGUGUAAAAUACAUGUCAGAUUCAUAAACACUUCCACUUUAAUGAAUAUAGGCAAGAAUAUGCAUAAUAAUUUUUUGCCAACAUUUUGCAUUCAAGUUGCAUUCAUCUUCUUGCUAUGGAUCUACAAAUGUGUUCCAACCUUGCCACCUCUCAAUGUCAGUGUUUGUCCCUAUAUGAGCCCUAAUUACUGUGAUAGUUACUCUGAACUGUUGAGCUGUCAAAGUACAGUCGUCUUUACACCAGCACUGCAUUUCAACUGAAACCUGGACUCAUUUGGGGACAUUACAGUCAACGCCAGCUGGACAUUGCAGUCCCUCCCAGCUCUUCUUGUGAAAGUUUUGAAGAAUAAGUGAAGUGGUACGUAGAUAAAGAAAACAUUGUACACAAUGAAAUAUACAGCAUCUGAAUGCUUUGCUUUUGACUGUCCUACCAUUUCACCAUAGCCAUAGGCCUGCCUUGCCACGUGCCACCACAUUGAGAGCAACAACAGCACCCCAUUUCAGUAACACUUUCUCAUCGUGCUGUCUCAUUACUCACCAAAGACAAUGAAAUUAACGAAUGAAAAGUACAGUACUGUAGUUAGUAUAAUUGUUAUCAGGAUAUAAAAGCACCUUUCACCGGUUAUGAUGCCAUAGACAAGGGGAUAUGUGUAGCAAACAACCACCAUCAACUGUAUGUCUGAGCAAUUGGUAGCCAAAACUGAACAGUGAUGGCAGACCAGUCUACAACAAGCAGGUAUUUUUCAUGAACACACUAUGAGGAUUCCUCUAUGCUGUGAAUCUGUCAUCUUGGGCAAUGAAAUAUGUAUAAAAGGGCAUGUAAAAAUGUGCAUGUAAAAAGGAUUAGAAAUCCUAUAAUAUUACUUAACCUACCAGUGAGAUAUAGGGUAAGUGUAUUUGGCAAUGUAAAGUUGACCUUCUAAAUAGAUUGAUGGUUGUGAUGUUCACAGUCUAAAAUCCACUAAAUGCAUGGUUUGGGAAACUACCUGCCGGGUUAGGCUACCUUAGACAUAUUAUUCAGCAGAUGCAAUCUGAAGGGUGCUUGUCUGGCAAUUUUUUAGACGACAAAAAAUACAUUAAUUUCAUGAUCUGUGGUUGGCACACUAUCCCCUUGAUGUACUCAGCACACUAAUGCCUCCAAAGGCACUUUAAAUAUGACAUGUAGCACAAGUUUAUGAGUGUGAACAUGUUGAUAGAGGAGCGCUCCUCCUCAUGCUUUCUUCGGAGUUGGGGACCUCAGAUUGGGGAAAGAAAUGGUUUUGUUCCUGAAGGCUCUGUCUAGGUAGAUUGCCUACAUUCCCUGCCUGGGUACAGAUCUAGAAACAAUUUAUCUACCCCAAAUCCUAGUCCCAGUAAAACAGAGGAAAGACAGUGUAACUUGAUCCUGCUCCUUCUUAAGGUGGGUGGUGUUUCUCUGGUGAAAUAAGAGUUGUGGGGGGUUAUAAGAUGUAGUCAUGAGUAAUACACUUUAAAAAAAUAAAAGUUGAACAUGAGUUCUUUCUA